GAGGGAGGAGGGCACCGCGCCGGCGGAGCCGCAGCGGAGGGCGAGGGACGGGGCGCGGGCAGCGGCACCAUGGCCCAGUCCGUGUGGGGCUACGACAGCGACAACGGACCCGACCACUGGCAUGAAAACUACCCCAUGGCCAAGGGAGACAAGCAGUCGCCCAUUGAGAUCAACAGCAAAGACGUGCGGCAUGACAAUUCUCUCGGCCCUUGGCACGCCAGUUACGAUCCCGGGGCAGCGAAAACCAUCCUGAACAACGGGCGCACCUGCCGAGUCGUCUUCGACGACAUGUUCGAUCGAUCAGUGCUGAGAGGUGGGCCGCUCACGGGAGCCUACAGGCUGCGUCAGCUUCACUUGCAUUGGGGUUCCUCUGAUGACCACGGCUCUGAGCAUGUUAUAGAUGGAGUGAAAUAUGCAGCAGAGUUACAUAUGGUGCACUGGAAUCCAAAACAUGGUAAUUUUGCUGGAGCUUUGAAACAACCUGAUGGUGUGGCUGUUGUGGGCAUUUUUCUGAAAGUUGGAAAAACUCCCAAACCAGAGAUGAAGAGAAUUCUUGAAGAAAUUGAUAACAUAAAGACCAAGGGGAAAGAGGCUCCUUUUCAGCACUUUGAUCCUUCAAUUCUUUUCCCCAAAUCUCGGGACUACUGGACCUACCAUGGUUCGUUCACUACACCCCCAUGUGAGGAGUGUAUCACUUGGAUUCUCUUGAGGGAGCCGAUUGAAGUCAGCUCAGACCAGAUGGCGAAGCUCCGUACCCUUUCCAAGACUGGUGAGAACGAACCUGUGAAGCCACUGGUUGAUAACUGGCGCCCACUUCAGCCUGUGAAGGGCAGGAUAGUGAGAGCCUCGUUCAAAUGAAGUCUCAAGUCUCACUCUGCUGAACCCGAGUGAGAAAAUCCCUGCAUCCCAAAGUGUAGCUAGCUUUUGCUGUCUACUGCUUUUCCUCUGGAUCCAGAUCUGUGUUUCUCAGCUUGAAAUUCUGAGUGGUAAAACUGAAUCUGAUUUUGAAAGCAGAAAAAAUACUGUAUGCAAAUACUAACCUUAAUAAGGAAAUGUGAGAUAUAAAUGAUUCUUGACCACAAAUGCCUCAGCAUUUGUGAUACAGUCACUCCCCUGCCAUGUGGUCUUGGAAGAAAAAUGGGCUCAGUUUCAAUAUUUAAAAUGAACUUCAAAGGUAAUGUAGUAAAGGCAGAAAAAUGAACCAGUAGUUCAGGAAAGCAGAAAUAACAGUGGGUCAAUAGUACAUGAACAGGACGUAAAAUGGCUACUCCUACAGCAUCCCUAGUAGUGAUCUUCCUCAGAUAUCCCACCUCCACUGCGAACAUCCAAAGAAUAAGUUUGUCUUUAACAUACCAGAUUUUUCCUUCCCUCUCUUGUUCAUAGUUUGUUAUCCAAGACUCAGGCAUACUCAGCUUCUGUGUUUGAAGAAGAAAAGAUACCUUGCUGUCAUUUCAGCAUUUGCUGUCUUUGCCAUGUCCUGCUGCUGCCUAUUGAUCUUUUCUUCUUUAACUGCUGCUGUUACUUCACCCAUCCAGCCGUAGAAUGCUGCUGGUGUCGUGUUGCCUUGUAUUUAGUAUAGCAGCUUUAGUAUUGCUGAGGGGGAAGUGCCUUCUCUUGCUCUGUUACCUCCCAGGAUGAUGGAUUUUUAGUUUUGAUGCUCUGCCUGUUUUUUUAUUUUUGACAUCUUAGUCUGCAUAUUAAUGAUUUCACCUAUUAGGGAUUUUGUUGCAUAAGGAGAAGGUCUUUGUAGAUGACUCAUAAGCGUCAUUUGUCUUCCCCACUACUGAAAAAUCCAGGUUAAGUCACCUAAGUGUUUAUUUAUUGUAACUUUAUGUAAUCAAGAGACUCUUAAGUGGAGUCUGUUUAGCUCUGUUACUUUCUGGGGAGACACAUCAGCUCACACAUAUGAUCCGAGCAAGGAAUCACUGGCAGACAGGAAAUUCUAAAUCAUCUUCCCCUGUCCUUCAUCAUGUAAACUUUAUCAUUUCAGCAUGCUUCUUAAACAGCAUAACACAAGUACCAUCUAGGUUGAACCCACAUGCAGACUAUGUGAGUAAAGAUCUGUUACGUUAUAUUCACCAUCAAGGUGAUUAUUCAGUAUUGUACAUACAGGAGAUUGGGUGCUCAAAGGUGGUGCGUAAAGCCUCCUGUAAAUGAAGCUUCUGGAUUCUCUGUAUUCCUCUAACUCAGUAGGUGGCAGAGGGCAUUCUUCUGGAGAUGUUGCCACAGACAUGUUCACAGCAACAUUUAUAAGGAGUAUGUCAAAGUCUGAAAAAAGCAGGGUUACAAAUGGCUAGAAUAGGCAUCUCCCAGUUCUCCUUCACUGUUUCACUCUUCACCGUUACUAGAAAAAUGGUGUUACAACAGGGAAGUCACGAAUAGGCAACAUUGGACAAAUUCUGCUGUUAUUACCAGAACAAUUCAGUGAGAAUUCAGGAAUGAAAUGAGGGCAGAGUUUGAUCUUUGGAUUCAUUUAGAAACGUUUGAAGAAUUGCUGAAUUCCCAUUGAGAAUUAAUAUUUCAGUUUAUUAGAAGUGUAUUUUGCUUAGUAUAAAGCAGUUUCAUUUUAAAAACCAAGUUCAUGUCAGCAGAAACCAAAGUAUUGAUUGAAUCCUGUUUACAAAUGUUUUGGCAUUGGCUUAAUCUUAUCAGAAGAUCAGUUUUUGAUAUUACCAGUGCAGUACUUGGAACAGUAUUGAUUUUAAGAGUCUCUUAGAUCUUCUUUAAACUCCUGAAUCUGUACAUCUCAACACAUAAAAAUGUUUCUACAGAAAGUUCAUAAGCAACAUUUUUUUCUACUGUACUAUGUCUUACAUGUAAAAUUUCUUCUCAUAUCCAUAUGCAGUUGGUCUUGGUGUUGAGAAAAUUUCAACACAAAUAACUGAGACAAGAGUUCGAGCCUUUCUACUUAAAAGCCAUUGACUGUGAUGUUGUAAUCUCUUGUUACUGGGGCAAUAAAACAAGAUUAGUUGCCUGCACUUGAAAUAACAGCUUUUGUGUCUUCAGAGAACCAAUAAAUUGACUUACAUAAAAAAUUGAUUUUGGGUUUUAUUUCUAAUGCUGAGUGGUGAUUAAAAGUAACGACUUACUAGAAAACCUUGCUACUCUUUUCUUUGAUACAUAUGCUUGUAAUGCAAGGGUGGACAGACACUCUAGUAAUCACCUUUUUAGAUGUUAGAGUUUAGUUUAAUAUCUCAUCCUGGUUUCUCUGUAUCCAAUCAAACAGAUCCUCAAAAAUAUGAGACAUCAGAACAGUAUCAUUUGUCCUCUGUUCUCAGGUACAAAAA